AUGGCAGGAAAAGAGGUGUAUACAUUCAGAGAGCUGGAGAAUAUGUCGUCGGAUGGUUUAUAUGCAUUAUUAGAGAGCAUUCCUUUGGAUGGCGAGUCAGAUGAACCGAGUACCGUCGAUUGGGGUGACAUUCAUCUCAAGGGCGAGUUUGAUCACCAGAUCAUUUUCUCCGCCAGAACUAGCGAACCAAUCACAGCUAAAGAUAGUGCGUGCGUCAGAGGAAAUAUGGCCGCAGAUACGUUGGAGAAUCCUAAUCAUGCCGAGGAAUUAUAAAAGAACACUUGGAUCACGCCGUUACGUGGAUUAUGGCCCAGAGACCCUAGAAGCUGCUCUCAAAAAGGUGGUAGAAGAUGAAUGGUCCCUCGGUCAACCAUCGGGUGCACAUACCUGUAAUAUCCCUUUUGGCACCACUCGAAAUAAGUAUAAGGGAAUCAGAAUUCUGAAAUAUGGAGGUCAAACAGUUUUUUGAGUUGCUGAAGAACAUGCCUUCGCAAAAGCAGUAAAUAUUUGCUCAGAUUGGGGAUUCCCACUCACGCUUACUGAUUUGCGCUAUAUAGCUAAAAGCUAUCUGGAUAGUCAGGGUCCCAUUAUUGGGAUGUUUAGAGCAAACAUGCCUGGAUCAGAUUGGUCUCGUUCUUUCUUACAACGACAUAAGAAAGAUAUUAGCCAAAAAGUUGCAUCGCACAUCAAGACAGCUCGGGCUAAUGUUUCAAUAUUUCGAAAAUUUGAAUGAAACAUUAAAGGAUAUCCCAGCUUGUAAUAUAUUCAACUACGAUGAAACAAAUGUGCAGGAUGAUCCCGGAAAAUAAAAGAUGCUGUUUCGACGUGGUACAAAAUACCCUGAAAAGAUAUGCAGCUUUACCAAAACUGCUACUACCAUAAUGAUGUGCGGGUCGGCUUCUGGCGUACUGCUUCCACCAUACGUUAUAUAUAAGGCUGAGAAAAUGUG